CUUUGCAAUCCGGAGCUUCACUCUGCUGCUGAACAUUUGGGCUCACAAUUGGAAACACUCGCACCGAGGCAAAAGCCUCUUUGUUGUCCUUUGUGGGAUAUUCGGAAGUCACUGUUAACAAGUGACAUGUUGCUGAGGUAGAGCAUCCUCAAGCAUCGUUUGGACACAAGGAGAGAUCUUCAUCUUCCCUGUUAAAUGAGCAAAGAUGAUGAUGAUGAUGAUGAUGAUCCGGGCCUCCUGUAGAAAAGGUCUACAUGUGUGUUUGCUCCUUCUGCUGGUGGCAAAACUGCAGGGUAAGGUCACAGCCCCGGAGCGAGUGCAGGCCGGCGUGGGCAAGCCGUUCACUUUGACGUGCGCCUUCUCUAAGGACAGAGGCGAUGCUGUGCGGCAGGUGACAUGGCUGGACGUGAACAACCAGACGCUACUCAGCUACCAACCGGGCAAUAAGGACAGUGUGAGCGGGCAGCAGCACGUGGAGCUCACCCCCUCCUCGAAGGACACCUCGUCCGUCACCAUCCAGAGAGUCAGCUUCAGGGACGAAGGAUGCUACACGUGCAUCUUUGACACUGUUCAAGCUCAUGCAAAACAAGGACGCACCUGCCUGACCGUCACUGCAUCGGUGAUAGCGGACAGCAACAAGACAGCAGUGAGUGGGAAAAAGGCAUCCCUGUCGUGCUCUUACGGCCUGCCCGAGAAGGUGCAGCAGGUCAGCUGGCGGUACGCCUCGGCGCCGGGGGGGCUCUCCUCGGACGUGGCCUCCUACGCCAAGAGGAGCGACCCCAUGAUCGAGCCCGCGUACCAGGGCAGGGUGUGGCUGAGCGCUUCCCUGUCGGACAGCACACUCACCAUCCAACCUGUUGCCAUCCAGGACGAGGGCUGCUACACCUGUCUGUACAACACUCAUGCGGACGGGCCGAAGAGCUCCACUGUGUGCCUCUCCACGUAUGCGCUGCCCAAACCUCAGGUGAGCUACAAGAGCACGUCGGCCGGCGUGAUCGAGGCCAACUGCAGCGCCGUGUCGCGGCCCCCCGUGGAGAUGGUGUGGAACGUGGAGCAGGACAACCGCACCGUGGGCCCGCCCGUCACGACGCUGCUGCCGCAGGACGACGGCACCACGCUGGUGAUCAGCACGCUGACCGUGCGCUCCGGCCUGCUCAAAGACGUGUCGGUCAAGUGUCUGGUGCACCACAAGGGCCUGGAGGCCCCCAUCGCCGUGUCCAUGAACACCAAAAUUGGGACGGCCCUGGCCAUCCUCAUCUCGGUGACCACGGUGGCAGCUCUCCUCGUGCUGGCCCUCUGCUUCUGUCUCUGGAAGUGCUUCCUGCGCAAAGAAGCCGACUGAUGACUUCAGCGCCGCAUCACAGCAUUUCUAUCAUCGCGGCAUCGAGGGCCGACAUUCACACCUCCGGAGGAUGUCAAUCACUCUCCUCGACAACCCUACCACAUUCGUCUUUCCGUGUAUGCCUGAUUCCUGUUUAAACAUUCAAAAGGAAAUCUUUUUGCUCACUUGCAUACACGCUAUUGUAUUUUAUUUAAACACAGAAUGAAUAGUUAACACAAAGUGUUUAGAAUUAUUAUUAAGAAGUAUUGUAUGAUGAAUUAGCAAUAAAACAUGUAUUUAUUAUU